CUACGUGGGAUGAUGCUGCUACAGAAUGGACUUUUGGUCUCGUCUUAUCGGCGGUUCACGCGCGCUAUCCAAGACCUCCCGGGCGACCUCCCCAACUGAACGCCUAACGGCAUUCAAACGCGCUUGCAAUGCUCUCCAGCAAAUAUGGCGCUCAAACAACACACCCUCCGGCGAACAACCAAUCUCGCACGCGCGUGCCUACAUCGAACGACUCAACUCGAUCUUGAGCGAUGAAUCCCGAGGACCGGCUCCUCAUCCUUGCGUGGCCUAUGCCGCCUCUUCCCAGAUAUUCGUGACAGUCACAAAACUAGCCCUAUCGUACUACGAUGAUCAACUGCUGCGCUCGGCGACCACAUUCUUCAAUACCCUUAUCGAUGCGGAGGUGGAUGGCGUGGUGGACAAUCGGCUCUUCGCUCGCGCAAUGGUGGAUUUGGUUCGGCGAGCAGAUAAAGGCUCAGUCGAGACCGAAGGAAGACUGGUGGAAUUGCUGUUUGGCAUCUCCAACAACAUUCGUUUGCAACCGGCUAUUCUUCCCGCGUGGUUUGUCCCCCGAGCGACCCCCAUCGGCCAGGAUGGCGAGUCAUCAGGCCCGAGUGGGACGGAGUUUGCGGGUACCAUGCGCAAGGAUGAAUUCCCUUUGUUCUAUCUACUUGUUGAUUAUGUCCACAAUGAGGGGCGAGCGGGUGACUUCGCGCGUACUGGACUUCUGUACUUGAUUGAGACCGCGUCGCGCUCGAAGAAUCUGGAAAAGUGGUUGAUUGAGAGUGACCUGGCAACGCUGAUGGCAACUGGGUUAGGUGCAUUGUACAGCCAAUUGGGCAGCUUAUGCUUCCCAUCGCCUGAUGACGAGGCUCCCCGUAUAAUCGCGCUUUCAGACCAUGCGAAUGAAGUAACUGCUCUUCAGCCCGCUCUGGGUGAAGCUAUGGACGCGUUCAUGUCAUACCUGCUCUUUUGGCAGGACACCAUUGAUCACUGCAAGUCCACAGAAGUCAAUGACACCCUCCUGGAUCAUUUCCAGGUCCUUUUCCUUGAGCAACUCUUAUAUCCUUCUCUAUUAGAAUCAUCCGACGUGGCUGGCGGUUCAACAGCAGCUGUGUUGACCUAUAUGUGUCGUAUCCUGGACUCAAUCGAACAAGGUGAAUUGGUUCACCGUAUCUUGCAUUUCUUAUUAGCCUCAUCACCUCCACCUGAGGAGCAAAUGGACAUGUCGGCAAGCCGACGCAAAUCGCUCAAUGUGUUGGCUGCUUUGGCUUCAGAGGCAGCCCAGCCCUCGCCUUCUCUAUUCAAUCUGCGUGACCUCGCGCUCAUGGGGCUUCAAUCCACAAACCGACAAACGGUCCUGGCAACAUUACGUCUAUUGAACGUUGUCCUCCAGCGGCACCAUCCGUUUGCCCGAGCCCUUAUCCACACGAUACCCAGUCAAACGUCCCAGCAGCGGUCUGUCGGUGCGUUCAAUACAGAGCUUGAACAGCUCCUUGGUCUUGGGACAUCUCUCAUUGAUGAACCGACCUUGAAUGAAUCCUACGACAACUACGUCUCGGAUGCGACAUGGGUACUCGAGUCACGCCUUUGCCUUCCUGUGUCAGUUGAGGGGGCCGAGAAAGAUAUUCCGUUGCCCCAACAGCUUCAACAGGAUGACCCCAUUGUACAGGGUCUGCUGAGUUGUGUUGAUUCGUUUUUCACCAACAGUGUCAUCGUCAACUUGGCGCUCACCGGUGUUCUUAUGAGCCUCGCAUCAUCCCAUCUGUUUUCACUAGAUGGUUGGGUGUUAGUUGACCCAGCCCAAUUUGACCCUCCGACUGAGGCUCCUUCAGAUGCCCUUGACCACGUUCGCCAGGCUUACCGAGCACCGACAUGGCCAGCAACUGCUGCCCCAACUCUGACUUCUGCGCUUCGACGGCUGGUAGACCAAGUCCGUCAAUGGCAGCAAGAUCUACCCGACUUUGAUGUCUUGAUCGCUGCUCGUCGUGAACUACUUCACAAAGAGCAGGAUCCUCCGAUGUCGGAUUCCUUGGAGCCAGUCGAGACAGGCCCAACAUCUACAGAGCGCUCGCGCCUCUCACACCCCGGAUCGCCCGAACCCUCGCAGCAUUCGCGGGGUCGAUCACCGGGAAUGUCUAGCGAAAUGCGGGAUGAGUCGUCCGUGCGCCCGAUUGACUCUCGCGGGUCGGACUCCACGGCCGAGGCUUUGCGCCAGCGGUUAGCCAUGCCAUUUCCCCCGGUUCCCGUACAACCCGAGGAAGUGGAUCCCACACCAGAUGCAGAUCAUGAGCAAUCGUCGGUUACACUUGGCCAUGUUCUUACUAAUAUCGUGAUUCUCUAUGAGUUUUUGCUAGAAUUGUCUGCAGUGGUGCAGGCACGAGGAAGUCUUUUUGAAGAAGCAGGGUAUCCUUAG